AUGGGCAUCACACAGAUUAAGGAGUGGUACAACCGGUUUAAAGACGGCCGCACAACGAUGGAGAGCGAGCCACGCUCCGGUCGGCCAUCAACAUGCCGAAAUGACCAGGUCAUUGCCAAAGUGAACGCUAUGGUGAUGCGGGACCGUCGUGUGACUAUCAAAGAAAUUGCGGAAGAGGUGGGCAUCAGCACUUUUUCGGCACAUUCCAUUAUGACCGAAGAUUUGGCUAUGAAGAGACUGGCAGCGAAAUUCGUGCCGAAGCUGCUUACAGCAGAGCAAAAGGAACUUCAUGUUGAAGUCUCACAGGACAUGCUGGACUCCACAAACAGUGACCCCGACUUCAUGAACACCAUAAUCACUGGUGACGAGUCUUGGGUGUAUGGGUACGACCCGGAAACCAAAUCCCAGUCGUCACAGUGGAAGCAUUCCACGUCACCAAGACCAAAGAAGGUCACGAUAAUAAAGGACAUCUUCAGUGUCCUUACUGAUAUGAAGAUGUCACAGAAUAUCUAA